UGCGAAGCUGUGAUUUAAGCUGUUUCGAAACUUAAACAUCGACGUGUGGAUAAUUGAUUGCGCUUGAUUAAUAUGUGACACGUAGGCACUUGAAUGAACGGCUCACCCAAAAAAAACUGGCAGACCUAGCUGAAGCGGUUUUUACAAAAAAUGGUAUAUUUUUUUUUCUUCAUUGUUCUCUUUUUUUCUCGCGUCGAUGUGCGGAGGAGCAGGUUGAAAAGUGCAAAUAUCAACACGAGCACAUCUGCAAGCCGGGUGACGUUAAUCGCGACACCCCGCUGAUCGCUCUGACCGCUGCCGUACGUAGCGAACUCUCGCGUUCUAUGCUCAACUCGACUGGCUGUCUAGCGAUCCGAAGGGCAGUGGCCCCCUUCGGGAGCUUAAAUAAAAACCUCAGCCGCGCGCGGGAGCAAAACAAACACAAAAACGGCAAAAAGAAAGAAAAGCGCAAGACGACCCUCUCCCCACUUCUUCCUUCUUACCCAGCGUGCACUGCGGCUUAUCGGUGACUGCUGCUGCGGCUUUCGGGCAAUGUGCUUUUGUAUUCGGUGGCAAAUAAUCGCGGCGGCUAUCGGCGCUCCGUGAAAGCUCCUCGGUAUCGGGCCCGAUGCCGCCGAAAAAGAAGGACAGGCCUCCCGUCGAAGCGCCCAAGCCGCAGCAGCAGCAGCGUCCGGAACAGCCCCAGCAACAUGCCUACGCCGACCACGAGCUUUUUCUCCAGGCUUUCGAGAAGCCAACUCAAAUUUACAGGUAUCUACGUACACGGCACGUAGCAUCGCCUAUCUUUCUUCAUAGGACAUUAACUUAUAUGAGUCAUCGCAUGUCACGGAACCAUAAGAAUAGGAAAAACUUUAAAGUGGACAGUCUUCUACAACGAGUACAAGCACAGCAAGAUCCAUCAUCAUGCAGAGCCCCAAGCCAAAUGACAUUGACAUUCACCGGCUUCUUCGACCGUUCGACAAAAAGGGACAUGGUCACAGCAGAAGCAGUCAUCCUGAAGAUUUGCAACAAGAAGAAGAAAGAACUGGAACUGCCGUUGGCACAGCUUUCAGCCUGCAGAUCUGAAGCACCAUUUGUCUAUCACGUGCCAGUGGGCAGCUGUGAGGUGCCGCACAAUCCCGAAGGAGCCGCGCACACCAGCAGCACCCGCACGACGGCCAUCACCGUGCCUGGCAACAGCUUCUGCCCGAACGGAACCGGUCUCGUCCGUUCCUACGUCCUGCUGCUGCGAGUGACCGCUGGCGGUCUGGUCAACGAAGGUGACACGGGAGUUCCUGCAGUGGAGCCGCCGUCCAAAAAGGCCCGACGCAACGGGUGCCACCGUCCCCCAACUUCCGGUGCUGGCAGCGGAGCUGGUAGCGGCACUUCGGCGGAAGAGAGUCGCCACUACGUGGGCGAGAUGGUUGUGUACGAGCAGCAGCGGUGCCUCCUCAGCGAGGGUGAAUACCAGCUGAUGCUGAGGCCUUGGGGACCAAAGGCAGCACCUCUUGCUCGAACAGCGUCUUGGGAAAGCCUCAACCAUAUAGAGAGCUCCCCGCCUCUUGAGGCAUUUGAGAAGUGCCCCAAGGUGGCGUUUCGGUUGAACUGGGGUCCGUCUGAAGAGAGCGCUAAUGCGGAGUGUCCAGACCCUGUUCGAACGAAUCGGCCUGUCUUGUCCCCCGUGGAACUGAACGUGGCUGAACCUGGGCACAAGCACACGCGCAGCAGACGCAAUGGCGAGAUGAAGGCAAGUCAGCAGCAGAUACAACAGCAGGGCAGUGGACAGGUCCAGAAGAUCCCGAACAAGGCGGGCACGGGACAGCGCACGCGAGUGGUGUACCAGUUUGUGUACCAGCAGCAGACGCGGCAGCAGACGGAGGCGCGGGCCGACAUGCGCUGCCCCUGGUGCCUGCUGCAGUGUCGUCUGCUGGCUGCCCUCCUCAAGCACCUCAAGCUCUGCCACGGGCGCUUUACGUUCUCCUACGUGCCUCACCCGAAAGGAGCACGCAUCGAUGUCUCCAUCAACGAGUGCUACGAUGGAUCAUACUCCGGCAACCCACAACACCUUCACACUCAAACUGGAUACGCCUUUGGCUGGACUGGUCCUGCUCGCCGCACUCCUGUCACCUGUGUGAUGGUCUGCCGACCCAAGAGAGCACCUCUCAGCCUCGCAGAGUUCAUGGAGCAAGAUGAACCUGACAUUGAGCAGCCACGACCCUACAUGUCUGGACACAACAGGCUCUACUACCACACGGAGACAUGCUUACCCAUCAGGCCUCAGGAGAUAGAGCGAGACAGCGAAUCAGAGGAUGAUCCUGAAUGGCUGCGCAUCAAGACUCAAAUGAUGAUUGACGAGUUCACCGACGUAAAUGAGGGAGAGAAGGAGCUGAUGAAGAUGUGGAACCUGCACGUCAUGAGAUAUGGGUUCGUUGGCGACUGCCAGAUAGCUCUUGCCUGCAACAUGUUUGUGGAGCAAAAGGGUCACGAACUCAUUCAGCGCAACCUAUACCGCAACUUUGUCCUGCACAUGUGCAACCUGCUCGACUACGGCCUGGUCAGUGCCUCGGUCGUCUACACGACCGUUCGGAGACUGCAGAUGUUCUGCGACGUCAAGGACCGUCGACUGCGCCUCCCCAUCGCAUAUUCGUAGCGCCGCUUCGACCUGUGGUCUAGUGGUGGGAGCGAUCGGGUGUACAGACACGAGUUUCCGCCAAGCACUGAACGCAGUGGGAAGAAAGAAAUAAGACCAGACAGAGUCUCACGUUUCAGACCCGCGAAUGGAGUGACGAGUUGCCAUUUCUGGAGGAAAGUACUGCCCCCUUCGAGAAGGGUUAAGGAUAUUUGCCUUCAAAGAUCCUCUGCCACUGCCCCAAUAGCAUGCCGUGGGUACGGAGGUUUUUCACUCGUCAGUUGCCGCGACUUGGGAGUAGCAGAGCUUGUAUCUGUCAGCUGGGCUGGCUGAAAAACUUAAACAACAAGCUGUGCAGAGGUACAAGGCGUGUAAAUAACCUGCUGAUAAAUGUGGAUAAUUUGAGUACAGCCAAAUGAUGUGCGGAAAAAAAUGUAAUGGGAAUGGAACUGCACGAUCCUCUUGGAGAUGCUUUGUUCUGCCACCGCUAGGGCAAGCCUUUCUCCUGCACCACAGACCGAAUACUGGCGCCUUAAAAAUGUUGUGCCGAUCAUGCACGCAACGUUUUGAAGUGAGGAAAGAUUUGGUACUUUCCUGGAAACUCGGCCCAUUACGGUUACCAUCGGCAUGCGAUAUGCCUUAACUGGUAGUACAAAACUUGCCAAGAGAGCUGUAACCUGCCAUACCCCUUGCCUCGGUGGGAAUGACCAUCCUACGUAGCGGGACCAGCGUUAAACUCCGCUAGGGGUUCAUGGGGUUCAUAAUGUCUUCAGCUAGACCUAGGGCGUGCUGCAGGACAUAUUCCAACAAAUAUUGCAUAGUGGCCUUGCAAAGGACUUUAUUGGCUGCGCUUGCAAGUAGAGUUGAGAGCGAUUUGGAACGCCAGACAGUGUGUGUUGUCGUGAAGCUAUUCUUAUUUUAAAUCAUUUAAUAUCAGAUUCAUGAAGGGUUUGUAUUCAUGUGUUUAUCACUUUGCAUUUCUGUAAGGCUUCUGCUAUGCAGGGUCGUUAUGCUUUUGAAAAAUGAACGUAGCAUUGAAUCUGCAGCUGUCAAGCCGAAGAAAUGACAGAAGACCAACAUGUAGAUGUGUGAAUAUGUUGCAUUGUUUCGGGAACACUGUUUUGAAAUUGUUUGUUGAAGUAAGAUUUGGAGAUCACUUAUGUUUUGGAAGGGUGUAAAGAAGGGAACUUUGCAAACUUAUGCCGCUGUUUUUAAGCAGCUCCACGAAAACUGGGUUCUGCGCGGCCAAUAUCUGUUCAUCGAAAAGUUGGUGUUGUGUUAUAGUAGUGUACCAAUGGAUUAAAUGGCGGCAGGUUGGAAAUGCAGGUGCCUGUGCGUGCGCAGCCAGCAUUUGCAUUUGCUGUCAUCGGAAUCCUGUUUUUGGAGCGGUCUGCCAAGCAGUGAGUGGCAGUGAUAGAUCUCCGGCGUGUCAGGUGACAGUGCAGAGGGAAUUGUUAUCACUCUGUACUGGCGGUGGGUUCUGGAUGCCGAAGUGAUGCCAAAUGAAAAACUGCCAGCACAUAAUGUGUUCAUGUUGUAUUAGUGAGAAUAUUUUAAGUGAAAGCAAGUACUAAAUAAUUUGAAUUGUUAACACUUAGUCUGCAUCGUGCUGCUAAUUCUUCACCUACUCACUACGUUUCCUUUUGUGCCCAUGUUGCGAAUUUAGGUUCGGGUAACCCAUUGGCCCGCCAGUGAUAGAGAGUUUUGGCUGCUAUGUAUGUGGCACACUAGCAUUUGACGUCUCACUGGUGUGCCGAGACAGAAGUGACAACGGCAAUGCUGGUGGUGAUGCGAGGUAGCGCUGCCCUCAAGUCCACCAUCACCAGCUGCAAAAUUCGAUAGGAUGCCCUGGGCAGUUUGUUCGAGCAGAGUAUCGUGAGGUCUCGCUGCCAGAGCAGCUGUUAGCAGGUCUGUCCCCCGUAUGUCUCUAGAAUGGCAAUGAGCUAAAACCAGUCUUGGUGGUAACCAACUGUAGUUGCCCUUCAACAAGCCAUGGGUACGGGUACCUGAACUGUGUAGAAAUUCUGAUGUGAUAACUUGAUUGCUCUGUUUUUUUUGGCUUUUACAGUUUCCCAGGCCUCUUUGUUGGUGUGGUAGCAGACCUUAAGUUUUAGGACCUGUGUUCUCUUUGGCGAGCACUGUUUAGUUGUGCGAUAGAAAGUGUUGAACAGUGCUUUUGUCGUAUAAGCUUGCACGAUGAGAUUUCCGCAACCCAGGCUAAACCCCUUAGAAGAGCCAUUCUUGGGUGCAUAUGUGGUCAUAUUGCACGAGUGACAUAACUUGAAAUCUAUGGUUAAGUUUUGUUCAGGGUAGAAAACCAAUAGAAAAAGGAUAGCUACCUGGACAGGAGUCCUCAUGCCCAUUUUCUCUUAUCCUUGCUGGCAUACCUUUUUUUUUUUCGUUUUUCUGUCUUCCUGUUCAGAAAUUGUAUCAUUGCUGGUGUUUUUGUUGCAAAAUCAGUAUGUGCCACUUGAAAAGGUUUUCAGAUGCUGCAUUGUGGCCAGGAGAUUCCACAGUUGUUUUCGUGAGGGACAUUUGGGACAGUAAUCAAGAAUUGUCUCGUGCUUUGUCAUUGACUGGGCAUGCAUUGUCGCUAAUGCAGGGCAGUUGGCGCAGCGGGAUGGUCAGGAUGGAAUAUAAGAGUGGCGGUACUGUUGCAGUGGCCCAUCGUACAAAAUUAUGUCUUCUAAGCUGUGUGCUAUGUUAAGAGUAGAAAGACAUGCCGAAACCAUAAAACUGUGUGUGUUUGGUGUUGAGUGUUACGACUGUUAUGAAGCCUGCUGGGUAGUUUCAGAAGAUGGUGAAUACGGUCUCCAUCAGUACGCAGAACGGGUGCAGUCGCUCAGUGUCUGGCGCUGCGCAUUGUACCAUUCCUGCGGUGUGCUGAAGCCAUUUCCAGUCGUCACAUGUUUCGUUCUCUGCAACCUCCACCUCUUCUGCAUGAAAUCUGCGUAGGCCAUAGUUUUAGCACAUGACUUACACGUCUUAAACUCUCACGUAUAAUGGAAUGCUCGGAGAGCUUCGGCAUACAGUUACGUCACCACCCCUGCCAGGUUCCACAUCUGGCGCAGGCUCUACUGGCAUCUGGCCAAGGCUAGAAUGGCACGGGCGAUACUGCUAUGCUAAAACCACAUUUGAAUGUUAUCGGGUUUCAUGAAAAACAUUCACCCUUUAUUCUCUGAUUUCAAGAUUAAGAUGUGAUAGCUGCAGGCGAGUGCACUUGCAUUUGCUAUGGUAACGUUACACUGAGUAUAACAGAGUAUACGGAGUGUAUACGGAGUAUACCCUUAGUUGAAAGAGUGCACUGAGGAAGUUUGUAAAGAUUUGCACUGAAAAUGCCAUGGAGAAGCAAGAAACGUAAGGUCGAUCUUGUUGUGUCUCUUGCGCAUUUACCUUAUGGGCUGUGUUUUCAACUUUAUAUUUUUUUUUAGCAUGUUACGGAUAAAUCUAGUUAUCACUCCUUCCAGACUCUAUCCAUGCACUGUGUGAAUUAGCAAGUGUUUGCGAAGCUGGAACUUGGCAGGGUCAAUAACACUAUGCCACAGCUCUCCAGUAGUAGUAUCGGUUCAAGUAUGCUUUUUAGCGCAAUGGAGACAUAUCUACCAGUCAAAGAAGCCUACCCCCUUCACCUCUGUUACCGUCACUAUAGCUGCUGUGAAGGUUAGCUGGCUGCACCAUCAAGGAACAAGUCUUUUCAGCGUGCAUGGAGAACAUUGGCAUUUGGUCCUCGAGGCCAGAAAAAAGGCUGCAUAGUUCGCUAGUCAAUAAAAUUUAAUGGUCCUCCCAUGCUUGCAAGGCAGAGGCUGUGGAGUUUCAGAAACAAGCUUUGUGUGAAAAUCCGUGGCUCAAGCGUAUACAGGCUGGUCGCUCGGUAGCGUGUUUGUGUGAGAGUCUUGUGCCAUGUCGCAGUACCGUCGGCCCUUGAUAGCAUAGUGCAACCUCUGAAACACUGCCACGGUAAUGUUAUCUUUUUUAAAGCCUUUUUAAUACACCUCGCUUGUACAAUAUGCUCUAGUUGUCACCCUUUAACUGAUACCACUGUAGUAAAGGCAUACCACUUCUGAAUUCACCUACAAAACCUUGCUGUUCUCGUUCCAAUAUUGUGAAAAAAUUUGUUUUGAAUCAUUGUUCGCCAAUUGCUCUUGCCGCAAGGGCCUGGAUUUGUCGCGGCAGCUGCAUUGUCUAGCCAGAAUGGUCCGAGACUCGCAGCAAAGUGUUGUGCUGGCGAAGUGCCGCAUUUUCAAAUCUUUUCUACAUAAAGUGGAGGGUGGGGAUCCAAUCGCUGUACUUUGUCAGGUGCAAAUAAGCGUGGAACCAUGCUAAAUUUCGGGGGGCACCAAAACUAACUACACAUAACCUGUCAACUACAACGCGUUCAACUGGCCCAUGGAAAGUGAUUGUAUGUAUGGGGAAGACCACCCGAUUCUUCACCUAUCCCCCACAGUGGUUUUGUGACAUUUUUGGGGGAAAUCAAUGUCGAGUAGGGAAGCAAAAUUAAAAUGUUUGGGAUAGUAUUUGUUGGGGUAUGCAAAGGACACACAAAGGACACGCAGUGGUUUAACUCAACAAGAAGAUACUAUUAAAAGGACCUUUUGAAUUUGACGUUUACUGCACAAUGUCGAGGUCAAUGUGUUGUCACGGCUGUAUCCUGUCAAUCAAGAACAUGUGCAGUGGUUGUGGAGGUCAAUUUACAGUCGGGGGGGGGGGGGGGGGAAUUAUUUCCUGUCCGAACUCCGUCCUUUUGAUAAUCUCGGCCAUUGCUAAAUUCAACCAUUUCAGUUGGUUCACGUUCGUUUUAGGAUUAACAAAUAAAGUUUCAUAAAGGCAACUGGGAAGAGUAGGUCUACCUUGUUUGAAGAUGGAAAUGUGAAUCGAAAACUUGAAAGUAGCAGUAGCACAGUUGGGAUCCCGAGUUUAAUUUGGCGCACAAGGAAAUUCAGAGGCUGUACUCGUACCAGCUUUGUAUGAACUUGCUGAAAGCAGUUAAAAAGGCAGUCGAAGAAAAAUCUGGCUACGCAAUUCCUAAAUGGGAUGCCUUUUCUGUAACUGGCCCGUACCCUCCACUUCUUUAUUCAUCCUUCGGAAAGCUAUUAUGCAAGUGAUGUGAUCGAUCCAGGCCCAAGUGCUAGAAAGAUUGGCAGUCUGGCCUUGCGAAGAGGCAUUUGUUCUAGCAUAUACUGUUCUACUGCUGUAAUCCCUCUGUGUUUGCUUGCACGGAUUAUUUAUUCUGUAAUGUAUAAACGCGCUUUCUUUUUCUUGAACAUGCCUCUGUCAGUGUAAUUACCUGUACUUGUUUACAUCGCUGUAUGGAAUGCACGUGAUCACGUAGAUGUUUUUGUACCAUUUCGAACCUCGACGAUCGAGGUUUUCUGUUAAGCAGUUGCUAAAGCUCAUAUGCUUGGCUCUGCUCUUCAAUAAAAGAUUCAUCUAAAGAAA